UAUAUGCCGUGUAUCGAUGGAAGUUUAUUUUGAAAUAUUAGCCGGAACUGUUUCCUGUUGCAUUUUUCCACUCAACAAUGGCGACAUGACAAUCUCUCAAUGACUGUGGUGAACUUGUCCUUCGCUGCCUGUGGUUUUUUGGGCAUCUACCACCUGGGAUCUGCGGGGGCUUUUCUCCAUCAUGGGGAUAAGCUGCUUGCCUCGCUCAAGUCCUACGCGGGGUCCUCAGCAGGGGCUCUUGUUGCUACCGUCAUGCUUACGGCUCCUGAUAAAGUCAAGCACUGCAAAGAAUUUACCUACGGUUUUGCUGAGAACGUAAGACGACAGAAAUUUGGAGCGCUCACACCUGGAUAUAAUCUCAUGUCCAAUCUGCGGGAAGGGAUUGAGGAGAUGCUGCCAGUUGAUGCGCACAUUCUGGCAUCUGACCGUCUUCAUGUCUCAUUGACGCACUCCAGAAGUGGCAAGAACCUCAUUGUGUCCCGCUUUAACUCGAGAGAGGAGCUCAUACAGGCACUCCUGGCCAGCAGCUUUGUGCCAGUCUAUGCUGGGCUCCAACCGAUAAAUUUCCAAGGCGAGAAAUGGAUUGACGGAGGCUUCACUGACAGCUUACCAAUCCUGCCUGUGGGCCGAACCAUCACAGUGUCCCCGUUCGCAGGGCGGCAGGAUGUGAGUCCGUUGCACAAAGGCCGCGCGUUCAAGACCGAACUCAGGCUGGCCAACAUGAACAUAAUGUUCUCCGUGGAAAACCUCAAAAGACUGAACCAAGCUUUAUUCCCGCCACCACCCGACAGAAUGCAGUUCCUCUGUCAGGAGGGUUUUGAUGACGCCAUGAGGUUCCUGAAGACGGAGGGUUGGAUGAGCUAGAAGGGAUGCCAGUCGGAACAAAUGGUGUGAAUUUGACUUCAAAGAACUGGCGAGGUUGGAGACCAUAAGCGGGUUCUGCAUUUGGUUUUUGGUGCAGGAAGUGAAAGCAACAACUCUCCCUCCGGGUAGAAGGUGAUAUUCUUCCUCCACACAUAUUGGGAUAUAUUUCAGGAAGAACGCAAACGAAUUAGGCUUUGAUCUUUGAAAGCGGCGGGGUUUCAUUCUCAGAACGAGUUGCCUCAUCUCAGCGAGGAAUCCCACAGUGCAUUCGAUUUUGUGGAGUCAACAUGUUGAUGUUGCAGGGAUGGUUAGAAUACUUGUUUUUUUUCCCCUCGGUUAUAUCAGCUUACCUACUGCUUCUGAUAAUGAGACUUCGUUAUGACUUCUCUUAAAUUAAGACGAUGCAUCGGAGGCAGACUCUUCCCGAGCUCAGAUGUAAUAUUUCAUCCCAUUGUGCUGCUGAAUUCCCUUCCCGCUAAUGAGGCAGUUAAAGGGAUCCCUAAACAGGCAGGCCCCCUUGAGAAGCUGACUUUGCAGUGCGCUACCCGCUCGUGGGACUGCAUUGUUAGUCAGAGUGCUUUUAUGAAAAUGAUAUGAAAAUAAACGGUUCGGUAUACAUCUGUGUAGGUGUGUCUAUGCACCCUUUUCCUUUUGCAGAUAGAGAACAAUUCUUUGAAAAAGAGGCGUCAAGCUGUUCUAUGCCACUCCCAGUUGAAGUUGACUGUCAAGACACAAAGAGAAUUGCGCAUUUAAAUAAACCACGUACAUUUGCAUUAAUAAAGUCUGUUAGCUUAAUGCUAACGCAUAAUGGCAAAGGCUAUAGACGAGCGAAAAAAUGGCAUCAGUGUCACCGUGUUAUCACCCUUUUAGCAAUCGAUAUUUGAACACAUAAGGUGGAGCAACGCAUGUGGACAGAUAAAAACAAUGCUCAAUGCAUAUAUUCUUUAUCUUC